UCUGUCAAAAUAAUUCAAAUUGUCAAACGAGUUGAAACGAGUGCCUGCUCGCCGGAAUAUUAGAAACAAAAACUUUUGUAUUUUAUUUCCAAUUAAUUCAUAGACAUUAAUAUGAAGCUAACAGUAGAUGGACUACUUGUUUACUUUCCCUACGAUUAUAUUUAUCCCGAACAAUAUGCCUAUAUGCUGGAGUUAAAACGGGCAUUGGACGCUAAAGGUCAUGGUUUACUGGAGAUGCCCUCAGGAACUGGAAAGACAAUAUCGCUGCUGUCUUUGAUUGUAGCUUAUAUGAUUCACAAUCCUCAUCAUGUCAGAAAGCUUAUAUACUGUUCCCGUACAGUUCCUGAGAUAGAGAAGGUCCUAGAAGAGUUGAAGAACCUGAUCAAGUACUAUGAGACAAGUCAGGGGGAGAAGCCGAGCCUCACAGGUGUUGUGCUCACUUCCAGAAAGAAUCUCUGCAUACAUCCUGAUGUGUCAAGGGAAAGGGAAGGCAAACUAGUUGAUGGUAAAUGUCACUCCCUAACAGCCAGCUACAUCAGAGAUAGACAUGAAACUAACAGUGAGGUACCUAUAUGUCAAUUCUACGAGGGUUUCAACCGUGAAGGCAAGGAGUCGAUGUUACCAUACGGAGUGUACACCAUCGAUGACAUGAAACAGUAUGGCGCCGACAGGAACUGGUGCCCAUACUUCCUAUCUAGGUUUGCUAUAAUCCAUGCAGAAAUCGUAGUCUACUCAUACCACUACCUCCUAGACCCGAAGAUAGCUGAUGUGGUCUCCAAAGAGCUGAACAAGGAGGCUGUAGUAGUGUUCGACGAAGCUCACAACAUAGACACCGUGUGUAUAGACUCGCUCAGCGUCAAGAUCACGCGCAGGACUAUUGAUAGGAGUACUAUGGCCUUGCAGCAGCUGGAGAAGACUGUGGCGCAGAUUCGCGAAGCCGACGCUACCAGAUUAUCUCUGGAGUACGAGCAGAUGCUGGAAGGGCUCCGGCAGGUGGCCGCGCAGCGGGAGACUGAUGCCGUCCUCGGGAACCCUAUACUACCUGAUGAUGUACUCAAUGAGGUGGUCCCCGGCAACAUUAGGAAUGCGGAACACUUCCUCAGCUUCCUGAAGCGGUUUAUAGAGUACAUCAAGACCAGGCUGAGGAUACAGCAUGUUGUGCAAGAGUCUCCGGCAGGUUUCCUAAAAGACGUGGCUGCUCGUGUCUGCAUUGAGCGCAAGCCCCUCCGGUUCUGCGCGAGUCGCCUCUCCUCCCUAAUGAAGACCUUGGAGAUCCCCGACCCGUCCAACUUCUCAUCUCUGACCCUCAUCACACAUCUGGCAACACUCGUCUCGACUUACACUAAAGGCUUCACUAUUAUCAUAGAACCGUUUGAUGAUAAAACUCCCACGGUUUCAAACCCGAUACUACAUUUUUCAUGCAUGGACUCAUCAAUAGCUAUGCGGCCAAUAUUUGCUAGGUUCCAAUCAGUUAUCAUCACGUCAGGUACAUUAUCGCCGUUAGACAUGUAUCCAAAGAUAUUGGACUUCAACCCGGUGGUGAUGAGUUCGUUCACCAUGACUUUGGCUAGGCCCUGUAUAUUACCUAUGAUAGUAUCAAAAGGCAGUGACCAAGUCGCGAUAUCCUCGAAAUACGAAACGAGGGAGGACGUCGCCGUUAUUAGGAACUACGGACAGUUGCUGGUCGAGAUAUCCGCUUCAGUACCAGACGGUGUAGUUUGUUUCUUCACUUCAUAUCUAUAUUUGGAGAGCGUUGUCGGCGCUUGGUACGAUCAAGGUGUGGUAGCAAGUUUACAGCGGCAUAAACUACUGUUUAUUGAAACGCAGGAUUCAGCUGAAACUAGCUUCGCGCUCAUCAAUUUUAUUAAGGCGUGUGAGAGCGGUCGCGGGGCAGUCCUGCUGUCGGUGGCCCGCGGCAAGGUCUCGGAGGGCGUGGACUUCGACCACCACCUGGGCCGCGCCGUGCUCAUGUUCGGGAUCCCCUACGUCUUCACGCAGAGCCGGAUACUCAAGGCGCGUCUGGACUACCUCAGGGAUCAGUUCCAGAUUCGUGAAAAUGAUUUCUUAACGUUUGACGCGAUGCGACACGCUGCCCAGUGUGUAGGCAGAGCUUUAAGAGGUAAAACCGACUACGGUAUAAUGAUAUUCGCGGACAAGCGCUUCAGCCGCGCGGACAAGCGCACCAAGCUGCCGCGCUGGAUACAGGAACAUCUGAAGGACUCGCUCUGCAACCUUAGCACGGAGGAGGCUGUGCAGAUUUGUAAACGCUGGCUCCGUCAAAUGGCCCAGCCGUUCACCCGAGAGGACCAGCUCGGCGUGUCUCUCCUCACGCUGCAGCAGUUACAGACAGAAGAACAACAAGAGAAAAUAGAGAAGCAAGUCAUACAGAAAUGAGAAGGAAGCGAGAACAGUGGAAUGGAGUUUCAUGAGAGAUAGUACAGUUUGGAGACAAUAGCGGGUGUUUAAAAAGUCCUUAAACAAAUAAGCGUCGCGUAGGUCACUGGUGACCGAUUUACAAUUGAUUCCAUACUGCGCCUGCUAGCUUAGAGUUCAACGUGUUGAGUAUUCAAUUGAAUAAGCUGCCAGAAAACGAAUUCGGACUAAAGGCAUUAACAUUGAAGUACAUUUUUUAUUUAGAUGAUUGUGUGGUUCAUCGCAGACUAGAUUGUAUGCAAGAUGAAGUGUCUUGUCUCAUUAUUUCAGAAAAGUUUUAGCAAAUGGGCAAUAACAUUGUGGCUCUUAAUGAAGCAACCACAAAGUAUUAUGCAGUAAGUCGCAUGUCUGCGCUCAAAUCGGGUAAGCUGGACUUACUGACUCAACUUCAAUACAGAUUUGGAACUUGAAUCUUAUUUUAUUGACUUCGUUACUAUGUAAAUAUGUGAUGUUGUUUUGGAAAUAAA